AUGAGUGGAAUAAGAAAAAUAAUAAACUCCCCGUUGGUUCCAAAACUCCCUGGAGCUUACAAUCAGGCGGUGCAGGCGGGCAAUGUGUUGUAUGUUUCUGGUUCUUUAGGCCUAGAUGAGAAGACGUUGAAACCGGUCGAGGGUGGAGCAGCGGCUGAGGCUAGGCAAUCACUAAAAAAUAUCCACGCGAUACUUAAACAUGCUGGCACUUCAUUCGAUAAAAGUAAGAGUGAAAAUACAAUUAUUAAUGUGUUAUUAACAUAUAAUAAAUGCUUCAAUAACAUCACUAAAAAUUUGACUUGUUAUACCUAA